AGUCUGUACUUUUUGUCCCUGUAGAGGUGCCGUAGUUGAGAGCAUGGCGCGAUUUCUGGAGCAUUACUGAAGUGAAGUCUGGUUUGCGUUUGAAUGAUGUGCUCACUUGCGUUGUUUCCUCCACCGUUGCCGAGUGGACAAAUCACAUUGUACGAAGCAAAUAAUGAGCUUGUUUCGGGAGGUUCGCCUGACUGCUACGAGAAACAGCAUUGGGAGCCUCCUAGUCUGAAUUUUCCUAGGGACACUCUGAAGCCGCACAGUCGUCCAGAGAGCAGCAGCAAAGCCGCUUUCCUGGAUCACAAAGAUACAUUAUGGAUGAGGAGUGCUGGAGCGUGGAGAGAUGCAGGGCUUUCCGGCUUAUUGGAUGAAAUCACUAACAGUGCUGAGGAAGUGCCUAAGUGGCUGACAGUGAGUUCUGGGUGCAUUUUGGCCCUGCUACGAUGGAUGUCUUCAUUCCAUGGCUCUCUGUUCCCACAUCUGACUUUGAGUGGAGAGGAGAUGGUUGCUGAAUUUUCCCAAGUGCUGGAUUGGUCUGAUAGUGCUAUCCGAAGCUUUGCGUGGCACCCUCACACAGACAAAUUUGCAGUAGCCCUUCUGGAUGACUCCAUCAAGAUCUACAACUCUCGGAGUACAACAGCUCCAACUCUGAAGCACAGACUGCAGAGGAAUGUGAGUGCUAUGCAGUGGAAGCCUCUGUGUGCAUCUGCUCUGGCUGUGGCAUGCCAUACCUGCCUACUCGUUUGGCAUGUUGAUCCUACUUCACUGUCUACUCGGCCAUCCUCUGGUUGUGCUCAGGUGUUGUUUCAUCCUGGUCACUCUCCGGUCACUUCCAUUGCUUGGUCCCCUUCCGGUUCUUUACUAGUGUCUGCCUCCCCUGUGGACACUGCCAUGAUGGUCUGGGAUGUAGCUGCAGAAAACUGUGUUCCUCUGCAGCGAGUGGGAGGUGGAGGAGUCACAAAUGUGACUUGGUCACCAGAUGGUAGUCGGCUGUUGGCAGCCACACCCUCUGCCCUCUUCAGGGUUUGGGAAACCAGAAUGUGGACAUGUGAAAGGUGGCCUUGUCUGAAAGGGAGAUGUCAGUCUGGAUGCUGGAGUCCUGAUGGAAGUCGAUUGUUAUUCAGUGUUCAGGGAGAAAUGGUGAUCUAUGCACUUACUUUUUCAGACAUGACAGGAGGACCUAAAUCUGCUGCGGUUGUGGCCGACCUCUCAGAGACAACUUUCAGUGGUACUGAUGGUGAAAUCACCGUUGGAGGAGAGGUUCAAUCACUUGCUUGGGAUCCCACUGGAGAGAGACUGGCUGUACUCCUGAAAGGUAAUGCAGAAUCCUCCAGUCAUUCUGCUAUCAUUGCUGUGUUUAAAACCCGUUCCAGCCCCAUCUUUGAAUUGCUUCCAUGCGGUUUUGUGAGAGGGGAGGCCGGAGCAGAGCCUAGACUGAUUCAGUUCCAUCCUCACUUCCAGCAUGGAGCAUUGCUCACAGUGUGUUGGUCUAAUGGGCGAAUUUCUCACAUGCCUUUCUACUUUGUUAGUGUGGGGAGGCCACAUUCAGGUGGAAGUCCUUCUCUUCCUCGCUUCACCAGCAAGACAGAAGAUUACAGCACGCACACGCUCUACACAGAACACAUUUCCUAAGCACAUUUUUGUUGUUUCACACUUAAUCCCUUACCACUUCUUUCCAACAUAUGUUUGCAAUUACUUCUCAGUUUGCACAAAUGAAUAAAAAUGGAUUUUGCAUUA